CUAGAGGUAGAGAGCGCCAGUUAUCUCGCACAUCGCAGCCGCAAAAUGGCCGAGACCAGGCCCGAGGAGGUACUGGUGAAUUUUGAGGAGCUCCGCGUUCUCGAGGCUGAGUUCGACGAUGCGGAGGUGGAGCUUGUCCGCAAGUCCGAGGCGCUCUACAGGCCUCUCUGGGAGAAGCGCGCCGAGCUGAUCAAGAAGAUUCCGCACUUCUGGACGCUCGUUUUUGAACAAGCACCACCAGAGUUCGACAACUUCGUCCAGCCCUCCGACUCCAAGGUUUUCGUAGAUUGCCUCAAGUCCCUCGACGUAUCGCGCUUCGAGAUUGACGACCCCAAGGGCUCGCCGCGCAGCUUCUCCAUCAAGUUUGGCUUCGGCGACAACGAGUACUUUGAGAAUAAGGUGUUGGAGAAGAAGUUCUGGUUCAGGAAAUCAAAAGACUGGGAUGGCCAUGUUUCGGAGCCGGUUAAGAUCAACUGGAAGAAGGGCAAAGAUCUCACCGGAGGCCUGACAGACGCAGCGUAUGAGUUGGCGCAAGCGAGGAGGAAGCUCGCGAAGACUGCCAAUGGCAGCGCCAAGUCCAAGGAAACAAAUCUGCCCGAGUACAAGGCCUUGGCCAAGAAGAUUGAGGAGAGCACCGAAGCAUCCGUUAGCUUCUUUGCAUGGUUCGGCUUUGUGUCGAGCUACAGGUGGAUCAGCGCAGAAGAAUCAGAAGAAGCGUCGAGGGCGCGCGCAGAGCGACUGGAAAAGAUCAAGCGUGGUGAGAAGGUUGAGGAGGAGGAGGAUGAUGACGAGGACGAGCCUGACUAUCAGGAGACUGAGGUCUUCCCGCAGGGUGACGAGGUUGCCACGCUCAUCGCUGAAGAAAUGUGGCCCUCUGCGCUCAAGUAUUUCAAGUAUUCCCACGAAGCCGACGAUGAUGACCUCUCCGAGCUUGAUGUGGAGGACAUGGACGAAGACGACUCCUCAGAUGACGAGAUCGAUAUCCGCGGCCUGGUAGGGAAAGGCCGCAAAUCCAGCGACUCGCCCCCUCCGAAGAAGCAGCGCAAGGCCUAGAUCCGCUGCCCCCUAUGUUCAAGAUUCGACUAAUCGUCAGCACUAUAUUUGUGGCUUGAGAUACCCCACAUGGUGGAUUAGGGGCUACCGGAUCCCUUUCCUGUACUCCCGGCCGGGCCGUCUCUCCUCCCGAGGAUGAAGAUGCUCGAGGCGGGAUUUACGCGGCUUGGGGCUGUCAGCCUCAUCGCCAUGGUUGCUGUGCCUUAAUCUAUCGGUAUGCUCGAUCAAUAUAUGUUUGAAAAAGGCAAGAGGCUAUCCAGGUAAUUGGGACAUAGAAUACCUAAUAGUAAUUGAAGGUGAAAUGAGAGUCUCUCGACUGCAGCUCGAAUGUCAAGCUCUGCUCUUGUUCUCUCCACCCAAUUCGGC